AUGACAGAGUCCGGCAUCGACUUUGACGAAUCACUGAGUGACACGUCAACAACCAACAGCAUCAAUGAUGUUGUCGCUCGCAUGUCAACAUCUGACAGCGUCAAUGUUGCUCCCACCCGCGUCAAUCCUGCUUCAGGUCCUGCCCUUGUUGACGCUGCAGCUGUUAUGCCUCCUACUAACAAUGCUGCCCUCGCUCUUGUCAAUCCUGCUGUUGCAGGACCUGCUACUCAGGUUCAGGCUAUGGCUACCCAACAGCCAAGCACCUCUGCAUUGGCACGCUGGUAUGUCAUCACUGUUGGAUGUGUAACAGGGGUCUUUCAAGGAUGGUGCAUUCUCCAACAUCUCCUCAUAUAUGAUUUUGAUGUUUUGCCCAGGCACAAUGUGCAUGUGCAUGUUGUCAGUGUUCCAGGAGCUUGUUUUGCACAUUACUCCUCCCUCACUAGUGCCCAGGCUGCCUAUGGGCAGGCAUUGAAUGAUGGCACAGUUACUCAGGUGCUGCUUUAG